AGCGAGUUCCUAGAACUAAAGAAGAACGGAACUUCACGAGAGUGACCAGACUGGCCACUGUGACAUACUGCUCUAGAUUAGCCCCUUCCACCAGCUCAAUUCCUUUGAGCUUAUUGAAAGUCUCAGCGGCGGCCCCUAAAUUCGACAGGACUCUGUGUCAAGCGUCGAAGCCUAAGAGUAUCUUCGUACACCUAUACUUCAUAUAAAGUCAGCUUCAUCUUGAACCGAAACAACAUCCAGCGAUAACCCGAGCUGUCUCUCAGAUAUCAUCGUAAUCUGAACAUUACGUUAUCAAUUACCAAACUCACGAUGUCAAACUCGUGGGCAAGCGAGUGCGAACUGACGGCACGCAGAAUUCUGCGACGGGGUUUCUUGAUCGAUGAGAUGCGCGAGAUGUCGACUAUCGCGCUCGGCGAAGAGCAGCAAACAGCGGUGGUCUUAAUCAUAUCCACGGGAACCCACCCGAUAUAUAAUGUUUCACACUGGGAGCCUGGUAUUAGGGAAGGCCUAGUCGACAUGGCAAAGGAUGGAUUAGAGGGGAGAAUGAUUAUAUACGGCUUGGGUUUCCAGUUCAAGAGGCGUGAAGAUGUCGCUCACAUCACUCAUUCCAGACGGAGUUCGGCUUGACAAUAUUGUCAAGUAUAUGGUGCAGUACUUUAGAUAGAGAACUAGGUGGCCAAAGUGUGGUGGAUAUAGAGGUGUAUUAGUAUCAAAGUAAUAAGAAAGUUAACUUGGUUAGAACUUUCCUGGAGCAGAGGCUUUAAUAUUUCCGUGUUUAGUAUGCAGAAGGCAGCUUCAGAUAGGCCAAAAGGAUGCAUAAACCACGUGAGGUAUCAUACUUCGUUGGUGAUGCUGCGUCCCUAACACAAGCGUCUAUUCAGGCCGUGUUGAAAUUUGCUUUGAAUAGCUAACCCAUUAAUUGUAGCCUAUGAAUCCUGCCGCAGAAUAAUAGCCGCGAAGAAUCGAAAGGCUAAGAAAGAAAGGCUAAGAAUCUAUGCUAUCUGAAGGAUCUAUUGAGUUUAUG